GGCGGGCCCACAGGCUGCAGGGUGGAUAGCGGAUGCAGGGACGCGGUUUGAGCUCCUGCCCCGCCAUGGCGUUGUUGCCGCCAUGACGGGGCUAGUGCUGCUCUACUCCGGGGUCUUCGUGGCCUUCAGGGCCUGCCUGCUCGUCAUGGGAAUCUGCUACACCAUUUUUGACUUGGGCUCCCUCUUUGAUGUGGCAUGGUUCCUGACGGAGACUUCCCCCGUCAUGUGGUCAAACCUAGGCAUUGGCCUAGCUAUCUCCCUGUCUGUGGUUGGGGCAGCAUGGGGCAUCUACAUCACUGGGGAGGGGGUGAAGGCCCCCAGGAUUAAGACCAAGAACCUGAUCAGUGUCGUCUUCUGUGAGGCUGUGGCCAUCUACGGCAUCAUCAUGGCGAUUGUCAUUAGCAACAUGGUUGAGCCUUGCAGUGCUACUGACCCCAAGGCCGUUGGCCAUCAAAACUACCAUGCAGGCUACUCCAUGUUUGGGACUGGCCUCACACUGGGCCUGUCUAACCUCUUCUGUGGAGUCUGUGUGGGCGUCGUGGGCAGUGGAGCCACCUUGGCUGAUGUGCAGAACCCCAGCCUCUUUGUAAAGAUUCUCAUCGUGGAGAUCUUGGGCAGCGCCAUCGGCCUCUUUGGGGUCAUCGUUGCAAUCCUUCAGACCUCCAGAGUGAAGAUGGGUGAUUAGAUGGUCUGUGUGGGUGGGGCCACCCCCCACUCUUGUUUAUUUGUGGUUUUCCCGGGACAGCUGGAGCUGUGCCCCUUAGGCUUUCAGGGGGCUUGGUGUUCAGGGCCCUCCCUGCACUCACUUCUGCUGCCUGUGGACUUGGAGGCACUGCCUGGCUGGACCCUCAGUGUGGCUUGUGGGCUGCUGAUGACUGUGUGCAGCUUUGCACCCGUGUCCCACCUCUGCCUCCAACCCAUCUUCCCAGUGUUUGUGAAAUAAACGUGGUAUUUGUCUGGGUCAAAAAAAUGUGAAAGGGAAAUGUGUUAUAAUUCAGAAGCUUUAAUUUUCAACAAAUCAUUAGCCUAAUAUAUCUUCCUCUUGUUGGAGUUUUUAUUCUUACUGUUGCUCA